UGAGUGGAGAGAUGGGGUGAGUGAGUGAGCGAGCAGGUCGGUGUUAUCUCUCAGGUAAUCUGACAGGUGUGGCUUUUCACUGGAAGUAUUUGUCAGUCACGUCUCAGCACUGUUCUUUCUGCUGCUCCUGUUUGCUUUGGGUUUGAGCUUCGCCUCUCCCACUUCACAAAACCACACACACACACACACACACACUUUUCUUCCUCUCGCUCUCACACGCUCAAACACACUCACACACUCGCACUCUCAGGAUGUUUCUCCGGGGUCAGUCCAGUGGUUUACUUCAGAGGCUCACUGGUAGAACAUUUCAGUUUUAUUUUCACCUCACUCUGAACACCACUUCACUGUGAGACUUCACCUCUCUCUCGCUCUCACUCGGACACUCACACACACACACACACGCACACACGCACACACACACACACAUUCCUCACAGGAGAACGACACAUUUUCUCCUUUUUUCCCUUUUUUUCCAUCGCUGGUGUUCAGAGGCUCCUCGGGCCAGUCGGAGACGCGAUCAUGUAUUGAUCUACACUGUAAGCUUCAGUCCUUCUGAGGGAAAUGGCUAAAGAUCAGAACCCUACAACACAGCGUUCCCCUAUCAGAAGAAUCCCAAGUAGAACCCGAGGGAUCCACUGACCUGGGGAAUCGUUUUGGAUAGUUCUACAUCGGAGCUUGCCGAGAGUCAAUCCCAGAGUGAAGAUGAGACCAUGGUCCCGGUACUAACAUCCAAAAGAGCCAGUGAACUUCCUGUCAACGAAGUGGUGUGUGUGCUGCAGGCUGACCUGCAGUUUGGUCUCUCUGAUGCGGAGGUGAGCAGGAGGAGAGUGUAUCACGGCUGGAACGAGUUCGACAUCAGUGAGGACGAGCCGCUCUGGAAGAAAUACCUGUCUCAGUUUAAAGAUCCUCUCAUCAUGUUACUCCUGGCGUCGGCGGUGAUCAGCGUAGUGAUGCGUCAGUUUGAUGACGCCGUCAGCAUCACCGUGGCCAUCAUCAUUGUGGUCACUGUGGCGUUCGUACAGGAGUACCGCUCGGAGAAAUCCCUGGAGGAGUUGGGGAAACUGGUGCCUCCUGAAUGUCACUGUGUGAGAGAGGGCCGUCUGGAUCACAUGCUGGCGAGGGAACUAGUACCUGGAGACACAGUUUGCCUCUCUGUGGGCGAGAGAGUCCCGGCUGACCUCCGCCUUUUCGAGUCAGUAGAUCUGAGUGUAGAUGAGUCCAGUCUAACAGGUGAGACCACGCCCUGCUCUAAGACGGUCGCCCCUCAGCCGGUCAGCGGAGACCUCACGUCCCGUAGCAACAUUGCCUUCAUGGGGACUCUGGUGUGCUCCGGCAAGGCCAAGGGCAUCGUCAUAGGUACGGGAGAGAGCUCCGAAUUCGGAGAAGUCAUCAAAAUGAUGCAAGCGGAAGAGUCUCCUAAAACUCCGCUCCAGAAGAGCAUGGAUGUUCUCGGGAAGCAGCUGUCGCUCUACUCCUUCUGCAUCAUAGGUGUCAUCAUGAUGGUGGGAUGGCUGCAGGGGAAAAACCUCCUGGACAUGUUCACUAUAGGAGUCAGCUUGGCGGUAGCCGCCAUCCCAGAAGGCCUGCCCAUCGUGGUGACGGUCACACUCGCUCUGGGAGUGAUGAGGAUGGUGAAAAAGAGAGCCAUCGUCAAGAAGCUGCCCAUAGUCGAGACGCUGGGCUGCUGUAACGUGAUCUGCUCGGAUAAGACGGGGACUCUGACGAAGAACGAGAUGACGGUCACUCAGGUCUUCAGCUCUGAUGGACAGCGUGCUGAGGUGACAGGUGUGGGUUAUAACGGAGCUGGUGAGGUGCUGAUUGACGGGAAGGUGGUUCACGGCUUCGCCAACAUCUCCAUCAGUAAACUCGUGGAGGCUGGCUGUGUGUGUAACGACGCUGUAAUUAGGAACAACACGCUGAUGGGUCGACCCACAGAGGGCGCUCUCAUCGCUCUGGCCAUGAAGGUGGGACUGGAAAGCGUUCAGCAGGAGUUUGUGCGUCUGGAAGAGCUCCCGUUCUCCUCGGAGCAGAAGUGGAUGGCAGUUCGCUGCGUCCAUCGCACUCAGCAGGACAAACCCGGAGUGUUUUUCGUGAAAGGAGCCUUUGAGAAAGUCAUCCAGUUGUGUAAGACCUACAACAGUAAAGGUGCAUCACUGCCUCUGAGUAACCAGCAGAGGGCGCUGUACCAGCAGGAGAAGACCUACAUGGGAAGUGCGGGUCUCAGAGUUCUUGCCUUCGCCUCAGGAGCCGAAAUGGGUUCUCUGACGUUCCUCGGCCUGGUUGGCAUCAUCGAUCCUCCGAGGUCCGGCGUUAAGGAAGCCGUGUCGAUGCUGAUCAGCUCCGGAGUGUCCAUCAAGAUGAUCACCGGAGACGCUCAGGAGACGGCCGUGGCUAUCGCAAAUCGUCUGGGUCUGUACGCCAAAGACGCUCAGUGUUUGUCCGGAGACGAGGUGGAUCUCAUGGACAUUCAGGAUCUCUCGCAGAUCGUCUCCAGGACGGUGGUCUUUUACAGAGCCAGUCCCAGACACAAACUGAAGAUAGUCAAGUCCCUGCAGAACAUCGGCGCCGUGGUGGCGAUGACGGGCGACGGCGUGAACGACGCCGUGGCUCUGAAAGCGGCCGACAUUGGCGUGGCCAUGGGUCAGUCCGGCACGGACGUGUGUAAGGAGGCGGCAGACAUGAUCCUGGUGGACGACGACUUCCAGACCAUCAUGUCAGCCAUCGAGGAGGGAAAGGGCAUUUACAACAACAUCAAGAACUUUGUGCGCUUUCAGCUCAGCACGAGUAUCGCGGCUCUCACACUCAUCUCUCUGGCCACGCUGAUGAAUUUCCCAAACCCUCUGAACGCCAUGCAGAUCCUCUGGAUCAACAUCAUCAUGGACGGACCUCCAGCCCAGAGUUUGGGUGUUGAGCCUGUGGAUGGCGACGUGAUCCGUAAACCUCCACGAAACGUGCGAGACAGCAUCCUCACACGCAGCCUGAUCGCGAAGGUGCUCGUCUCGUCCUUCAUCAUCGUCUGCGGCACGCUCUUCGUCUUCUGGAGAGAGCUGCGGGACAAUGAGAUCACACCACGAGACACCACCAUGACCUUCACCUGCUUUGUCUUCUUCGAUAUGUUCAACGCUCUCAGCUCUCGCUCACAGACCCGUAUGGUACAUGAGAUCGGGUUGUGUAGUAACAAGACGUUCUGCUUUGCUGUACUCGCCUCCAUCAUGGGCCAGCUGCUGGUCAUCUACUUCCCUCCACUGCAGAAAGUCUUUCAGACCGAGAGCCUCAGCAUUCUGGAUCUGCUCUUCCUGGUGUGCCUGACCUCCUCCGUGUGCUUCGUGUCCGAACUCAUAAAGAUGCUGGAGAGGUGGAGAGGAGGAGGAGAAAAAGCAGAAAAAGAGGAGUGCAACUCUUUCCAUGACGUAUGACGAACAUUGCAUCUCUGAGAGGAGCGGACGGCGUCGUCUUGUGGCGGGGGCGGGUUUUAUGAGGGAUUUUUUGGGGGGGCGGUCUUUUGAAGGGGUUUGAGGGGGGGUUUGGGUUUAUCGGAUUUGCACUGGCUCGUCCACGUCUAGGACGUCAUCACGGAGCAGAAGGAGAGGUUGAAGGUCAUCCUUUCUCGGGUUGGUUUCUCUGAGUUCACGGAGUGGAAGUGAGCGCUGAGGGAGAGCCGAACCCCGUCCUGGACCUCGGUGUGCUGCUUUAAGACUCCACUAUGACACUAUGAAGCGUAUUAAUCAGACGCUCCUGGUUAUAUACGCCUCCAAGUUUAAAAAAAAAUUCCUCUCUUUCUCGUUCUCUCAAUCUCUCUCUCUCUCUCUCUCUUUCUCGUUCUCUCAAUCUCUCUUUCUUUCUUUCUGUCUCUCUCUCUCUCUCUCUCUCUCUCUCUCAGAUCCCUGAACUGUUGCUGGUUGUAGUUUUGUGGAACAAUUCGGCUAACGCCUCUUCGCAUCCUGGCAACUCGAGCUUGAAUAAACGUGUCAGCUAGGCAUGUGCCAGUAAUUGGUUUUAGGAUUUAGUUUUCCUUCAAAGUCUCUUCAAAAUGUGGUCCCCUCAGGCCUCAGGCCGCCGCCGGAACCGGUACGUAAACGCAUUAAUAUCGUAAACCGUGAUGAGUUACGCCGCCGCGGGGGUGUGACCGUAAUAUGGGCACAUGCCUAGUGUCAGCGUCUGAAAGAGAAACAAAUCCCACCGCGCCAACCAAGAGCCACACGAUAGUUUCUUUAUUAUAAUAUUCCUAUAUACAUAUCUCUAUAGAGAGCGAAUCUGACGCCGCUGACCACUGUUAUUAUUUAAAAUGGUUGAAAUGACGCUUUACACACACACACCGGGCGAUUAGACAACGCUGUACGCGUUAUUGAUGCACUGUUAGACAGCGGCAGGUGAAGGCGUGGUCAGCACGGACAUGAUGAAUGAUUUCACAGUUUUUGGGAAACGCGGAACACUUAAAGCACUAUGUUGUAAACGUUAUUCGCCAAAAUGGAAUCCGCGCUGGACGUUUCCUUCACGUUUCUCGGGCGUAGCGGGUCGGAGCCGACGUGUCCGCGUCGUCAGUAGCCGCUUCAUUAGAAUGAUGUAAUGUCUGUCGCAACCGAAACCUUUUCCGUGAUGUGGUUUAAGACGUCCUCGUUAACCUCAGGAAAAAAAAGGAUUCUAAAAUGACGUCUUAUUAUUAUUAUUAUUAUUAUUAUUAUUAUUAUUAUUAUUAUUCGCCGUUUGAUAUUAUUUUGAACACUGGACGGUUACGGAGGAAUACUACCGGACAACAGAGUCACUUUCUGUGACUUAGCAGUUUGGUAUGACUCCUCCCCCCCUCAUUGGCCCCGCCUCCAAAAACUGCAAUCGAGGUGGAAUUGAUGUCUGAACGUGAACGCGUGUGAACGUCACAGAGCGAGGAGGAAGAUACUUUCGGUGAGCUAGACGUCCGUUACCGUUACGGUUCUCUACGUUACAGGGGAACAGCACCGUGUACGCGACGACAUCUGGGGAAAAACGCAGGGGUUUUUUUCAGAUCUUCUCGCAGUUCCUGUAGAUCAGAAGCUCUUGACGUUUCCUGUAGCGGUUGGCCGUGUGCAGUACUGUAGAGUUUACGUGUAGGUGAGGAUCGUAUUCCAAGCCUUUUAUUGCUGUUGACAAUAUUAUCAGUAAUGUAUUUAAAAACGGUUACAUUAUUAUUAUUAUUAUUAUUAUUAUUAUUAUUAUUAUUAUUAUUAUUUAACAGAACAAAACCAAAUAGCGGAAAUAGAAAAAGUUAAUUAAAUACAAUAAAUGCCAAACGAUAUAAAAACAUUUUUUUGCAAAUUACGUGGCUACCAUUACUGAACCCACGGCAAUAAUAAUAAUAAUAAUAAUAAUAAUAAUAAUGAUGAUGAUGAUGAUGAUGAUGAUGAUGCUGAUGCUGAUGUUUGGGCUGCACAUGGCUCUGUUUGGUGUAAGGGAUUUUCGGCGAUGCCUAGCUGACCGCAGUGAGCCGACACUCCCCAGCUCCACACGCCUUUCUUCAUAUUGAGGAACGAUACACUGAAGUUUUGCAGUCCGCUGCGUGGUUAUUUCUUUCCUCUUUACUGCAGCGUUUGUUUAAACGGCCGCUUUGUUCUUAUGCUCCAGUCACUGAAGAACACGAGUGAGUUUUGUUUUGUCGGGUCGGUGUGUAUGUACGCCGUUUCCCCCGAGGGUGAACGGGUCACAAGCUGAGGUGGAAUUUGUGGGUUAUUAAUGAUUUUUUUUUUGUUGUUUUUCUUUCUUUUUUUUUCUUCCUUUUUUAAAAAAUAAAUAUUGUAUUUAAUUUAUUUUCAGUCAUGCACAGUUGCAGUUCAUGGUCCGUGAUGGCUGUUUCAGAACGUGAUUGUACAUUAAAAUUUCUACAAAUCUUUAACAGAA